AUGUCGGAAAACCCCCCAAGCGUAUUUCGGCGCUUGCGCAGAAAGUUCAAGGCCGAGAAGGAUCCCACGAAUGGUUCCAAGCUUUCUGCAGCCUCUACGCCUACAGUCCAGAGUAGAGACGCGUCUCCCUCUCACACAGCAGUACAUCCCACUGCUUUACAGCAAACUGAUCCAGUCGACAUCGACAAUGCCCCCAAGCUUCCUCAGGCAAAGGAGCCCAAUUUGGAAACUCUUCCCUCUGAUGCAGCAGAGCGACUUUGGGAUGAAGCUUAUGAUGCCAUUAAGCAUGAAGACGCCAAACUUGUCGAGGGGUAUGAGAGAAUUCUGUCUCAAUAUCUACAGGGUCACGGCUCCACUAUAGAUUCAGAUACGUCGCCUCCAAACGCCAUUAUUGCAGAGAGUCCAGAUGCGCGACGGCAGCAAAUGAACGAGCUUAUCCGCACGGGCCUUGAUAAAACGGCGCGAGAGGCCAAAGUGAAAGAUGGCCUUGGGACAGCAAUGGGAAUUGUCCUUUCCUUAAAGGACAUGGUUAGUACGGCCAUAUCAGCCGUUCCACAAGCUUCAAUUGCCUGGUCUGGUGUAUGCAUUGCCUUAGGAGUGCUCGAAAGCGCAGUCAAAGAGACCGCCUCAAAUCGCGAUGGGAUCGAAUACGUCAUUACUCGCAUCAGAUGGUAUGGAAAUGUUUCCAAUGUGCUAAUUGAUGAAAGCACUCUUGACGGCGCGGCCUUGUCCGGAAUGAAGAGUGAGCUUGAGAAACGGCUGGUCGAGCUCUACAAAGCUCUACUUCUGUAUCAAAUGAAGAGUGUUUGCUCGUACCACAGAAACCGUGGUUACGGUUUCUUGCGGGAUCUAAUAAAGCUUGAUAACUGGGCAGAUGCUGAGGUAUACGGCAGCCAACAGUCCCGAUCACGCCUCGAACUCAUUGCGAACCAUGCCAAAACCCAAGAAUCGGAGAUCAGAAGCAUUGCAAAGGCUCUAGAGGAGCAACUCCGUCGUCAAAUCUCCGCAGAGGAUCAAACUUGUUUGAGAGAAUUGUGGUCGCACGAUCCUUAUACUGAAAAGAAACGCAUUGAGGAUACAAAGGGGGGUUUCUUACAAGACUCUUUUAACUGGAUACUUGAGAACGGCCAUUUUUGUCGGUGGUUUGAAGAUCCCAAUCGUCCACUCCUCUGGAUCCGUGGAGAUCCAGGAAAAGGCAAAACGAUGCUCCUAUGUGGCAUCGUUGACAACCUGCAAAAAUUGGCGCCCUCUAGUCUCGUCUCAUUUUUCUUCUGCCAGGCCACAGAUGAACGAAUCAAUAACUCAAUUUCAGUAUUACGGGGAUUGAUCUUCUCGCUAGUCGAUCAACAGCGGCACCUUUUAAAGCAUUUACGGGAGCACUAUGCCCGUCAAGGAAAAUCUCUUUUCGAGCCGCCGAGUGCGUGGUAUGCUUUGUCUGAUAUCCUACGAUCACUUCUAUCAGAGUUAAACAAUAACCAGAAGCCGACUUGUCUUCUUGUCGAUGCACUUGAUGAGUGCGUGAACGAAGACAUGUCACGACUUCUCGAUUUCAUUGUUAAGAUGUCUAAUGAAUUUCCCUAUGUGAAAUGGGUCGUCUCGAGUCGCAAUUGGCCGCAAAUCAUAGAUAAACUUGAGAGUUUAGGGCCGCAAGCGCAGCUCAGUCUGGAGCUGAACGCUAACUCUGUAGCCAGUGCCGUCCAGAUAUACAUCAAGCAAAAGGUCUCACAAUUAAGCGAAAGCAAAGGAUAUAAGAAGGACAGAGAAGAAGCAGUUCGAAAAUAUCUCCAGGAGAACGCUGACGGCACAUUUCUCUGGGUAGCUCUGGUCUGUCAAAAUUUGCAGAGGGUCUCGGCAUGGAAUGCCCUGAGUAAAUUGAAGGCGUACCCUCCAGGGCUCGAUUCGUUUUAUCAGCAGAUGGUCAAUGGUUUAGCCAAGUCUAAUGAAGCUGAGAUCUGCAAACGCAUACUUGCUGUUGUCACUGUUGCUCGCCAACCUCUUACACUUCAAGAGUUGAUAGCACUUGCUGAAACCCCAGGAGAGUUAGACGAAAAGAUACCAGCCGUCUGUGACCUCAUAGCGCAAUGUGGUUCAUUUCUCACCAUUCGAGAUGAAGUCGUCUAUUUUGUGCACCAGUCAGCAAAAGACUUCUUAGUCGGCACGAACACGGAGCAAACGCUUUUCUUAGAGAUUGCGAAGGCCAACAAUUAUAUUGUAUCACGAUCUAUAGAUCUAAUGUCUGAGCUUUUAAGGCGGGAUAUGUAUAAUCUGAGCGAUCUAGGAAUACAUAUUGAUGAUGCCCAAGCCCUUGAUCCGAAUCCUCUGACCGCCAUUGGGUACUCUUGUGUUUAUUGGAUUGAUCAUUUUGUGGAAUCAAUUACGAGCAAGGAAAACCCAACAGCAACAGAAGAUAUCUCGCAAACACUGGUUGAUGAUACCGAAGUGUUUAUUGAGCGGAAGUAUCUAUUCUGGCUUGAGGCUCUUAGCUUACUCAGAAGAAUACCGGAGGGUAUAAUGGCAAUGAGAAAAUUGCAUGAAUUCUGUAAAAAGAAAAUGAGGUAUGAUUCAACUGGCCUCAUUCGAGAUGCCUAUCGAUUCAUAUUGGCUGCCAAACAGACUAUUGAAAGCUUCCCCCUUCAAAUUCAUCCAUCGGCCCUUCUUAUAUGUCCAAUCGCAAGCCGGAUACGACACCAAUCCUUAGAAGACCCGGCAACAUUCUUUGAAAUAAGGCAUGGCAUGCAGAUUGGGUGGGAUUCGUGUGUCCAAACCAUAGAUACAGGCUCAAUACCGGGACGUUUAGCUAUAACGCCAGAUGGCAAGCUGUUGGCAUCAAUGACGCCUAGGGAUAUUAGAAUCUGGGAUGUAGCCACUGGGUCUCGCUUAAAGACUCUCAAGAACCCUGAUGAAGAGCGUUCAGCUAGUCUCCACCACAGUCAAUUUCUACUUUUCUCACCAAAUGGACAGCAUCUGGCCGCGGUUGACGAAAAGUGGGCUGGGAUUAUUAUCUGGAAUAUCGCAUCCGGUGAACCCAUACAAAGGCUGGAAGGUUAUAUGCACUUGGGCUGUAAUCUAUCUUUUUCACCAGAUGGGAAGCACCUCGCCUCUGGAUCAGACGAAGACACCAUCAUUAUCUGGGACAUAGCUUCGGGCAACUGGCAGUGGCUACUGCGAAUGAUGGAAGACGCUGUAAUUGCAUAA